AUGGACCCCCAACGAGACGAGUGCACGUACGAACCGCUGCCAGUCAACUCUAUCCGGCUGAUUGGCCUUGGUGAAACGGGCGAUUCAUCCGCAACACUCAAGACAAUCAAUCUCGACGAUGCCCCUCCAUACUUUGCUCUCAGUUACGCGUGGGGUACACAGGCAACGGAUAUUCUGAUGGAAAUAAAUGGCCAAGUAAUCCAUGUGAGCUCAGUCCUGGGCGAUGCCAUCCAGUGUUUGCAGGAAGUGAAGAUGGAUGAGCCCGAGCCAGAAGAUCGCGUCAAAUGGGUGUGGAUCGACAAGAUAUGCAUCAAUCAGGAUGACUUCGCUGAGCGAUCUCAUCAGGUCAAGAUGAUGAACUCAAUCUACUCUAGAGCGAUUAGGACAUUGAUCUGGCUUGGGCCUGAUCUUGAUAUAUGCUCGGGCGCGUGGCAAUUGAUUGAUCAGAUAUAUGGCGUCUUCCGCGAUGAAAAUCCAACAGCCAAAUUUGCAGCUGACCUUCCCUUCGAGCUGUAUUCGGAUCAGAGCCACGCUGCUUCAGGCCUCCCUGGAUGGGAUCACCACAUGUGGCGACACCUAAGAAAACUGCUCAAACUGCCGUGGUUCACGAGAACAUGGAUCGUCCAAGAGGUAGCUCUCUCGCGAAAAGAUCCAGUGCUUCUUCACGGGCGGCACAAAUAUCCGUGGCACCGUCUUGGCUGGGUGUCCACGUGGCUGCGACGUCGGGGGUACCUUCGACUGCCCCAGAUUCCGAAUGAGAUGCAGAACGUCGACACAAUAUCGAGCAUCCGUCGAUCCGGGGUCCCAUGGCGACUGGAUGCGCUGCUUAUCGCAACAUCCCAAAAGUGUCACGCUUCUGAUCAGAGAGAUAAGAUCUACGGCCUACUUGGCCUUGCUGCAGAAAGCCAAGAUCCUUCAUGCAUAUCUGGCACGUUGCAACCAGAUUAUAAGCUGGAGGUUGCUGAAGUCUACGCAAAAGUAGCCCUCUUCAUCCUCCGCGAAUACAAGUCACUCUCAGUUCUGACACGCGCAAGCGGAGUGGCACGUGAAAGUGACCAAGUUUGGGCUCAGAACAAGCAGCAGCCCAAUCUGCUACCAACCUGGACUCCAAACUGGUGCGAUUACCCAGGAGUAAAGAAGGAUGUCGUAAGGAGCUUGUCCUGGCUCCUUCAACCAGACACGGGAGGCGCAGAGGUCCUCGGGUUCCCAGAGCAUUACAACGCUUCUGCUGGCCUCCCUGUUAGACUUUUCGAAUCUUCGCGUCCUUUCGCCCUCAGACUGAGUGGCUUAAGAGUUGAUACCGUCGUCAGCUCUACCCUAUUCGACGAUGAACAACAGUCUUUUGGACAGAAUGCUCCUGACCCCCCGCUCUUGAUGUUUUGGAAGACGGCGCUUCCAUUCUGGUCGGAGGGGGAGAAAACCCUGACGGAUUGCGUGACCUCUUGGAUCAAGGCCACGACAGCUGAACAACAUCGUCUCGCCGGGCGAACAGCCGAGCAAAUGAUGAAGGACGGCUCGGCAUAUUUACACAACUACUUGUCUAGUACGGACCAUAUUCAGUCAUGUGCUCCGCACGAGCCAGGAGGCAACGGGCCCUUGUGCGAGCUAUCAAUGGGCGGUGACCCAGAGGCCUACACCGCGUUGGCUCGCAAUUUCUGCGUAAACAGGAGCUUCUUCGUAACCCAGGAGGGUCGCAUGGGCAUUGGUCCAUCAGGGACCCAAGUGGGAGACCUGGCUUUCGUGCUGUUCGGGGGAGGGGUGCCCUAUAUUUUACGAACGAGCGGAUGCAGUUUCUGUUUCGUUGGGGAGUCAUAUGUGCAUGGUCUCAUGGGUGGAGAAGCCGUUCGGGCGUGGGAGCGAGGCGAGCUGGUAGAGGAGACGCUUGAGUUGAGAUGA